AUGUCCCGAGGAGCAAGCAGAUCGAUGCCAAAUCCCAAGUCCAUCACUGUCCUAAGUCCUGUCAUCGGAGCGGCCCACUCGAACAGUUUCGACCAGGGAGAGCCACAGGAGGCAGCACAACUGUCGCACUACCUCGGGCAAACUCUCUUCAGCCAUCUCUUUGAAGGCUCAAAACAACGAAAAGCAUGGUUCACCGUUUUCCAUGAAUACCCUAUCCUUUUCCACGCGUUCAGUCACGCUUCAGCUGUUCACAAAGACGUUCUUCUCAACAAGAUUACGUACUCAAAUACUGGUCAGGCACUUCGUCACAAAGGACGAUCGAUCAGUCUGUUGAAACAAUUUCUCGCCAACCUUGACACUGCGAAUCUAGAGAUCUUGCUGAUCGUCAUGGUUACGCUCGCGACCCAUGACCUGUCAGAUAGCAGGCUAUACAUGGGGACACCGACAGGAUUUCAGGCACACGAAGCUCACGCUUACUGGAUGGAUGUGUAUGGACGUUUAGACACUAUUCCCGAACACCUUGGCGCUAUUGCGAGACUGGUAGAGCUUGCAGGAGGUUUGGAUAAGGUGAAGCUGCCUGGCUUGGCCAACUGCCUUGCAUUGACCGACUUGAUGAUCCUACCAUCAUUUCCGAACAUCCUCAGCUACUUUCUAGUGCGGGGAAAGGCACCUGGUCGAGGUUUCUUCACCAACAUCCCAGGAGGCCUACCCACUCACACCUUCUCAGCCUUUAAUGGCCUCGCAACUGUCGAUCGGUGCAUGACCAAAUACUGUGGGACGCACAUGAAGGACGACCAAUAUCGUCGUAUGAUGAACACUCGCAACGCCAUGCAUUACUCGGUUCUUGCCCUGCCAAGUUGGUCUGGACUCUCUCAAAGCGAACGAAACGGAGCACGCCAGGCUCUUUACUACGAAAUCGCCCGCAUUGCCGCUGUCCUGUACUCCUGUGCCGUAAUCUACGGCCUGCCGCCCCAUCGUAACUGGCACAUACAGCUUGCGUCUCAACUUGAGAGUGUCAUCGAGAAAACCACAUCACUGGCCUCCGACGCUCCUUUGCUUCUUUUGUGGGCACUGUGCGUUGGUGCUCUCGCUACCUUUAGAUCACCAAAUCGGAAGUUCUUCGAAACCCGACUGGCAAAAUUACUUCUGCAACAACAAGACACCCUUGAAACCGCCGCCAACACAGAGGCUAUUCUAGAAGACUUUCUUUGGAGUCCAAGAGCUUGCGGUGAGAGCUUUGCGAUCUUAUGGAAAGAAGUGCACAGCAAAGAUCCCAUCGACGCAAACUUCUAG